AUGUUUUUCGCCCGGCGAUCGGUAGCUUCGGCGCGGCUGAUGCUGCGGAAUCAGCAGCCACGACGAUUUGACUCCCAUGCAGCUCAUCAUGCUGCACCUGUGAACGAGAGCUUCGGUCGCAGUUUCUACGUCGCCGUGGGUACCUUCGCCUCCUGCUUCGUCCUCUACCGAGUCACCAAGUCUACCGAGGAGUCCGGCUCCCAGUCUUGGAUCUCCGGCCUCAUUGAGAAAUGGACCCCCUCAGAGCAAAUUUUCGAGCAGAGAAACGCCAUUCACACAGCCGCCAUUGAGAAGGCCGCGCAGGACCGCCUUCUGUUUUUCAGUCAGGGACCCCGGCCUACCUAUGAAUUGAAGCACCAAGAGGUCAGCUUCCACCCCGGACCUCCCUACAAUGUUAUUGCUGGUGAAGCCGCGGACCUGACCAAGGUUGUCGCCCACUACGAGCGCGAGAACCAGGAGGCUGAGACUGCCCGUGUUGCCCGCAUGCAGGACGGCAAGGUUGUUUCCCUAUACGAAUAG